CAGCUUUUAUUGCCAAAUCUUGAAGCAUUGUAUGGACAGCUGGAUUCUCGGGAAGAAAUUCAACCACGAUCGAUCUUUGUUCAGUUGGGAUACAGCUAGUAAUUGUCUCAUAAAACCAGAGGAAUACAGGCCUGCCAUUGCACGCAUGGAUUAUGAAAUGGAGUAGGGGGAGGUCGUAAGGUGUAAUAUGGCCCCGCUUUGCAGCUGCAGUAAGCGGAACUGUUGACGAUGCUAAACUGAGGUUUCAGUAAGGGAAAUAACUAAUAAAUAUUUUGAGCAAAUCUGACCUACAGGAAUUUUGCAACCUCUGCCAGCAACUGGGUAUCAUAGCAACGCGAACUGGGCGCUUGGUUCCUGUCCAAUCUCCUUUCAUUCAGUAAUUGGAGGACGACAAAAUUUCUAAAAGUCGUAUCGACACCGCAUUGAUGUCUGUGCUCUCUUAAUGAGCUGUCAACCAAAGCGACUGAGCUGGAGAUGGAAUCAUUGACUCGAGAGCAAAUUGGAGAAUACCGGGAAGCCUUUAAAUGCUUUGAUUUGAACGAAAAUGGAACAUUAUCGACCAAGGAAUUGAAAUAUGCCAUGCGCAUGCUCGGAUCAAACCCAACCGAUUCCCAAGUGCAAGAGCUGGUGAAUGAAAAAGAUUUCGAUGGAGAUGGGACGAUCAAUUUUGAAGAAUUUGUAAAUAUGAUAGAAGAUCAAAAUAGCGCGGAGGACGAAGAUAAUUUAUUUACGAUAUUUAGUGUAUUCGACCCUGAACAUAACGGCUUUGUUGAGGGAAAAAACAUAAAGAAGUCUCUUCUUUGUCUGGAUGAUGUUCCCGCAGAGGAACUGGAUGAAAUUUUAGAAAAAGCCGGAAUAACGGAUGACAGAAAAUUAACAAUGGAAGAGUUUUCUACUCUUCUCGUACCACUGAUAUACAAGUCAGGAAGAAUACUACGAUAUCAUGAAAAAACCUGGAGAAGAAGCAACAAUUUUGAAGCGAUCUCAGAGUCAAACGUUGAAUAUAUUUAAAAGUAUUUAAUUUAUUAGACCAUUACAUGAUAUAAUAGAUAAUGUUUCUCUUACUUUGAGCGCUAGAGACAAUUUCUUCCCUGAAAUACAAAACCGGAUUUUGUUUGUCUUCGUACAAACAUCGAAUUUCUAGGUGGUCUCGCAAUAAUAAGUUUUGAAUUAGGUUUGGAGGAGCUUAGAGAUAAGAACAUUGUAGACUUGUUUUUUUUUUAAGAAAGGGUGCAGUACACUCUUAGAUAGGUAACGAAAAUGAUCAAGUGGUUUUAACUGACGCUUAAACAAAACUGUGUGCAUGGUUUUCCUCUCGAAAAUUGGGAAAUUUUAAUUGACGGUCGAAAGUGAUCUGAGCAUGCAUUGGUUUAUUCGCUUCAUUUCGCGCUGUGAUUAGUUUACGAAUCUCACACCAACUUCUCAACCAAUCAGAUUCAAAAUUAAAACCAAUCGCGAGUGUCUCACUCGCAUUUUUUCGUGCCUCAGGAGGUUUGCUGCUUUCAACUUCGUUUGAGCGUUCCAUAUUGCCUUUUUGACAUAUUUUAUUCCCUCUGAUUGGUUUUUCGGCACCAGAUCAACAGAUAGCUAUCCGUUUACUGCCUGAUCCCCUCCAAAAACUGGAUCCAAAAACAAGUCUGUUUAAGAUUGCGUCUUCCGUCUUUUACGGCGUGAAGCCUGGGCUAAUCUUAGAAGCGUUACGUAAACUUGCGUGAUGCAUAAGAAGGUCACGCCAAGGAAGAACAGAUGAGGGAUUAGUCGUCGCCAACAGUGUAUAAAGGGGGGGGGGGGUGGGGGAAUCUA